GAGGAGGAGGAGGAGGAAGAGGCGGUGGAGGAGGCGGCGGAGCCCCCCCAGCGCCGUGCCCCGGGGGGACGUGAAUGGCGCUGGGGGUGCUCGGCGGGGCCGAAAUGGAGUGGGAGAAGCUGCCGCGGAGGCCCGGGCUGGCACCGAGGGGGGAACGAGCCGAGGAAGGCGAGGGGGAAGCGGCGGGGCCGUGGCCGGGCUGCGGGAGGCUGCGGCCCUCCUCGUACCGGGCGCUGCGCAGCGCCGUCUCCACCCUGGCGCGCAUCGACGAUUUCUACUGCGAGAAGAUCGGGGCCGGAUUCUUCUCCGAGGUCUUUAAGGUGCGGCACCGCCAGUCCGGGCAGAUCAUGGUGCUGAAGAUGAACAAGCUGACCAGCAACCGGGGCAACAUGCUGCGGGAGGUGCAGCUGAUGAACCGCCUCUCGCACCCCAACAUCCUCAGGUUCAUGGGGGUGUGCGUGCACCAGGGGCAGCUGCACGCGCUGACAGAGUACAUCAACGGCGGCAACCUGGAGCAGCUGCUGGACAGCCCCGUGCCCCUCUCCUGGUCCACGCGCAUCCAGCUGGCCCUCGACAUCGCCCGCGGGCUGCGCUACCUGCACUCCAAGGGCAUCUUCCACCGCGACCUCACCUCCAAGAACUGCCUGGUGCGCUGCGAGGCCAGCGGCUACACGGCUGUGGUGGGCGACUUCGGCUUGGCGGAGAAGAUCCCCACCUACAGCGAGGGCAGCGAGAAGGAGCCGCUGGCCGUGGUGGGCUCCCCGUACUGGAUGGCGCCCGAGGUGCUGCGAGGGGAGAUCUACAACGAGAAGGCUGAUGUGUUCGCCUACGGCAUCAUCCUGUGCGAGACCAUCGCUCGCGUCCCCGCGGACCCCGACUACCUGCCCCGCACCGAGGAUUUUGGCCUGGACGUCACCGCUUUCCGCACCAUGGUGGGAAUCGACUGCCCGGCCGCCUUCCUCCAGCUGGCUUUCCACUGCUGCAGUAUGGAGCCGACCUCCCGCCCCUCGUUCCUGGAAAUCACACAGUGCCUGGAAGGCGUCCUGCAGCACCAGCUGGGCGUGGAGGGCGCUGGGGCCACCCUCUUCAGCAUCAGGGACAGCCUGCCCGCGCCCAGCACGGCGCCCGCGCUCAACGGGGUGGCCGGGAGGGCAUCCAGCCGUGCCGAGCAGUCGCCCCUGCGCGAGCUGGGGACGCAGCACCUGCAGCCGGACCAGCGCCUGUCCCGCAGCCAGUCCGACGUGUUCCCCCCCAAAUCGCCCACCCCGCCGCGGCCGCCCGAGCCCUGCGUCGGGGCCAGGACCAAGGAGACGCCGCCACGCGUCAACCCCUUCUCCCAGCGCGAGGACCUGAAGGGGGGCAAGAUCAAGCUCUUCGACACGCCCAGCAAGUCGGUCAUCUCGCUCACCUUCGACCUGCCCCCGCCUGCCCCGCUGCAGCUCGGCACCCCUGUGACGCCCGAGCCGGCCGUGGAGGUGCAGUGUGACUUCUCGGCGCCCGCCGCGGCCCCACGCAAGUGCCACUCGCUGCCCGCCUCCCCCGAGCUGCCCCGCCGUGGGGGUCUGGAGCUGGGCGUGGGAUCCCCAGCACGGCCCCCCAGCCCGAAGCGGGGCCGGGAGGAUGCUGGGGAGCCGGGAAAUGGGGUCCGUGCCUCCCCCCCCAGCCCCGCAGCGGAGGAGCGGAUGGACUGCGGCCCCGACAGCCCCGAGCCGCCGCGGGUCCCCGCUCCGGCACCCGCCACCAGCAACUUCAUCCGCACGGCGGCCUCGGGCGCCCGGCCCUGGCACCCGGAGCCGAGGGCGCCCAACGGGCUGCUCUUCAACAACAACCACGUGGUGGUCAGCAAGCCGCUGGCCUGGGGCAGCGGGCUGGAGCGAGGCUUCUCCGAGCUCAGCCUCCCCUGCGCCGCCGCGGCGCUGGAGCGGACGGAGCGCGCGGCCAUGCUGCCCGGGCACGGCCCCGGCGCCGUGCUGGAGCAGGACGAGGUGCUGCCCUGCCCCGGCUGCUGCUUGGGGCCUUUCAGCUUCAGCUUCGCCUCCGUUUGCCACCGGCCCGCGCCCAGCCCUCCCCGCUACCAGAACCUCAACUGCGAGGCCAAGAGCCUCCUCUGCCACGACCGCGGCCGCCUCCAGAAAGCCCCGGGGCCGAUGCUGGCGGAGCCCAGCCUGAAGCUGCCGGAGGCGCAGUCCUAGUGCUGGGGACCGUGGCUGCGGCCAGGGGCCCCUGGGACCCCUUCCCCCCCAGCACUUGGGGUGGCUCUGGGAGCCUGGGGUGUUGUGUCCCCCUCCCCGAGUCGGUCCUCGCGCUCGCCCGGUGCCUGGUGGCCGCGACGGCGCUGCCGAGGUGCCCGUCCCACUGGGAUCGGCCUCGGGGAGCUGUGGGGAGCCCCGAGGUGGGCUGGGUCCUUGCUGGGGUCCUGGUGGGGCUGGGCCGAAGUGCAAUAACACCGCUGCUCCUGGCAGCAGGGCUGGUUCCCCGCAGGGCUCAGGCCGUGGCUGCGGGAACCCCCUGUCCCCACGGGCUCGCCCCUCGGUGGGCUCUCUUAGCCCCCCGGGAUGGGGGGUGAGCAGAUUUUGGGGGGGGGUGGGAGGGGGCAGAGCGGUCGCGUGUGUAUGUGUGUGUAGGAGGGACUCUGGGGAUUUUUGGGGGUGUUCCGGCUGCUUCCCCACAAGGGUGGGGAGCAUUUCUGGUCCCCCACACAGCAGAGGCACCGUGGUGUGCAGAGGGGCGAUGCCAGAGGGGUGCAGUGUGCGGGUGCGGGGUGCCAGCGCUUGGCGCUGAGCCCCCUGGCACACGGGGCCCCCUCCUGCCCCGCCACCACACCAGUGUCGGGGGGGACACAUCCGUCUCACGUCCCCCCAGCGGAGGGCAGCCUGCGCCCCCCAGCGCCUCCCGGGUGGCCGGGAGGACACGGGGGGGGACGCCCGGCAAGGGUGGGAGCCGGCUUUCCUCCCUCCCGCACAACGCACUGGUGAAUGCAGAACUCCUGUGUUUUUUUUUUUUAUUAUUAUUAAUAAUAAUAAUUGCUAGUAAUAUAUACCCAGCUUAUUUAAAGUGUUCAAUAAAAACUGAAUGUCCCAGCG